GGCGGCAUGUUGUAGCUGCAGGCACGAUGGUAGGAGCCGCUAGCAGUGGACGGCGGACGAAUACACUCUGCCUGCCACUCUGGUUGUUGGGGAUCGUCAAUCUGUCUGCCACUCAUCGGGUUGGUCAUGAAAGGUUGAAACCGCGCGGACUGGCUGCGGACGUAGAUGGACAAAUGGGCCGGGCCUAAUGGGUGGUACGAGGUCCGACAUAAAAAAACACGACACUAACACAGCCCAGCCUGAUAGCUAUAGUGUUGUGCCAACCCAGCACGAUGAGUCGGGGCGUGCCUGGGCCGCAACCUCAGCAUGUAGUGUCGGUCCAAACACAACACGAUUUUUGAUCCGGCACGAUCUGGCCCGUUUAACAGCCCAACCCAUCUCCAUCCGCCAUUCCUCUCUCUUGAUCUCUCCCUUCUGUCUCUUCCCACAACUUUUCCCCCUUCCCAAUCGCCAAUCUCCCCUCUCGCGGUUUCUCCCUUCUGCUCUCCCCCCGCUGCCUCUUCCCUUCCCCCGCCGGCGGCCUCCUCCCCGCGCGUCUGGCCGUCGUCGCCGCCUCCUCCUACCCGCGCGCCUUCGCCUUCGCCGCCUCCUCCUCCUCUGUGCGCCUCGCCGUCGCAGUCGCCGCCGCCGCUCCUGCUGCAGCCGCCACCGCCGGCAUCGGGCUCGGGCUGGCACGUCACGGGCGGGCCGACCGUGCUAUCAUGCCGGCACGGCACGACCGCGUGCCCUUCGUUCCGUGACUGGGCCGCGGCGGCGGCACGGCACGACACAGUUUGCCGACGGUACCUCGUCGUGCCGUGUUGGGCUGUGCCGUCCAUCUGGCCAUCUAUAGCUGCGGAGGGAACGAAGAACCGAGUAUCAGAGAAGCGGGGGCCAUUCUUCAGUCACAUUCACCUGAUGGAGAUGGAUUUUCUCUUUCUCUAGAUUCUUUUAUGAAAGAUUCCAACCACCCCGUUUUUGGAAACCUCCUGCGGCCUUCCUGCGGUUUUUCCUAUUCUACUGUUCUCUGCUUCCGUUCCAAACGGCGCCAUAGAUCUCUCGGUCUCUUAACAUCUCAACCAACACUGCGAGCGUCUGCGUCUCAACCACCGAUUCCGCGUCUCAACAAUCGCCGGCCGGCGACAUGGCGGAAGCCAUAGCCAUAUCCCUCUCCGCUAAGCUCGCAGUGGCACUGUCCCGCAGCGCCGCCCUCGGCCUCUCGCCCCUCUUCGGCGUCCGCUCUGAAAUCGCAGCCGCCGCGCGGGACCUAGAUCUCCUCCGCGCCUUCCUCCGGUUCGUCGACUCCCACCACGGCGCCGACGCCCUCGCCGCCGCGUGGGUCAAGCAGGUCCGUGACGCCGCCUUCGAGCUCGAGGACGUGGCGGACGAGUGCUGCUACCUCUCCGCCCACGGCCGUGCCUGGGGCUGGGUCAAUGUCAGAGCCUGGUUCGCCGUCUUGCGGCAGCUGCGCAAGGCCCGGGAGAGGCUCCGCCAGCUCUCCGCCGCCAAGGAGCACUAUGGCAUCCGCCCAGCCGCUGAUGGCCCCGCGCCCGCCGUCGGCGCCAUCAGCCAGAUGCUGGCGGAGAGCGCGCACUUCGUGGAGAAAGAGGAGAUUGUGGGCUUCGCCGCACACGAGAGGCAACUGCGGGAGUGGGUGGUCGAGGACCCGGAGCCUCGGCGGACCCUGGUCUCCGUGUGGGGGAUGGGCGGGGUCGGCAAGACCACCCUCGUCACGCGCGUGCUCAAGGAGGUGGCAACGCCCCACUUCGACUGCCACGCGUGGGUGGCGGUGUCGCAGCGCUUCACGGUGGACGAUCUUCUCAGGAAGAUCAUCAAAGAGCUGCACCACGGCGGGGGCGACGCCGACGCGGACUACCGGUCGCGCGUGGAGGCCGUGCGGCGCCAUCUAAAAGGGAGGAGGUACCUUGUCGUGCUCGACGACGUCUGGGACGCCCACCUUCUGGACAAGCUCCGCCACGCGUUCCUCGACGACGGGACCGGGAGCCGGGUGGUCAUCACCACGCGCAGCAGAGACGUGGCCAACGCCGCGGCCCACGGGAGGACCAUGAUGCUGGAGCCUCUGCCGUGGCGCGAGUCAUGGACGCUGUUCUGCAACGUGGCCUUCAAGGAGGCCCCCGGCCGGUCCUGCCCAAGCCACCUGCAGGAGAUUGCUGCCAGCGUGCUGGAGCGAUGCCGCGGCCUGCCGCUGGCGAUCGUCUCCGUGGGAAACAUCCUCGCGCUCAAGGAUACGACAGAGUUCGCCUGGAGCAAUGUCCGGGACAGCCUCGUGUGGGACAGGAGCAGCAGCGAUCUUGGGAUAGGGGAGGCAGCCAGCAUACUGAACCUGAGCAUCGAUGACCUGCCGCACCACCUGAGGACAUGCUUCCUGAGCUGCAGUAUAUACCCUGAAGACUUCCUGAUCAAGAGGAAGAUACUGAUCAGGAUGUGGGUUGCGCAGGGCUUUGUUGACGACAGGUUAGAUCAUCGUACAGCGGAAGAUGUCGCUGAUGACUACCUGGACCAGCUAGUGCAGCGCAGCUUGAUGCAGGCUGUCGUCCGGAACGAGUUUGGCCGUGCCAAACGGUGCCUCGUUCAUGAUCUCAUCAGGGAGCUGAUUACUCUAAGGUCCAGGGAAGAGCAGGGAUUCUUCCAGUUUGUAAAUUGCAGGGUGACAGUUGAUUCCAGCACCAGAAUCCGAAACCUUGCACUUGACAGAUGUGAAGCGGUGGACAGUCGGUCAGUUCCGAAGGUAGCCUUACUUCGCUCCUUCUGUGCAUUUGGGUCAGAACUAGAUGCUGCAUUCCUGUCUCGUUUUAGGCUGCUUACCGUGCUGAACCUCUGGUUCAUUGAGAUGAACAAGCUGCCCGACUCAGUAACCAAUCUUCACAACCUACGCUACCUUGGGAUCCGCUCCACUCUUGUUGAGGAGCUCCCAAGAGAUCUGGGGAAGUUGCAGAAGCUGCAAACACUGGAUUGCAAGUUGUCCAUGGUUCGAAGAUUGCCAAGCAGCACAACCAAACUGAAGAGCCUGCGCCACCUGAUGCUUUUCACGCGCGAGGCCGCUGACUUCUGGAAGGCAUUUGCCGGCACCGCCGUUCAACUUCCUGAAGGCCUAGAAAACCUGACCAGCCUGCAAACACUUAAAUAUGUUCAGGCUGAUACAGAAACGGUUAAAUCUUUAGCAAGUUUGGAGAAGAUGAGGAGCCUGGACCUGUCUGGAUUGGAUCCUAGCCUUACCGCUGAUUUGCCAUCGUCAAUUUCCAGGAUGAGAUGCCUGCUGCGCUUGGGUUUGGAAAUGGAACCUGACGCAGUACUAGACCUGGAAACAGUAACUCCACCCCCACUGAAGCUGCAAAAACUUGCUCUGGCAGGCAGGUUAGCAGGAGGGAAGCUGCCAUCAUGGACCUUCUCCCUCACUAGCCUCACACAACUACGGUUAUCUGGCUGCGAAAUUGCAGAAGAUUCACUUUUGCUCUUGGCGGCACUCCCUAGGCUGGUAAAUCUUAGUCUCAUAGCUGCAUAUCACGGGAGGAAUAUGACUUUUGCCAGAGGUAGUUUUCCUACCCUUCAGAAACUCACCUUGCAGGACUUGCCUAACCUUGACCUCGUGGUCUUUCUUCAAGGAUGCCUUGUAAACCUGCAUGAUCUAGUGCUUGCCCUGUGCCCAGAGCUAACUGAAAUACCUCAUGGCAUGGAGAACCUCGUCCUUCUCCAAAAAUUUGAAACUUUUGGAAUGACAACUUUGUUUGUAGAUAAGCUGAAGGAACAGAAUGGUGAUGCUGGUUAUUACAAGCCUGCCAGUUCGGAGUUUCUUAGGGCACCUUGGCUUUCUAGAUAUUUGAGAUGGGUUGGAAGAAACAAUUGAAAAUGACGAGGUGGUUGUUUAUGUUCUUUGUCACAGCUGCUCUGAGUUUCUCGGUGCUGGAGCAAUUUGCCAAUUUGUACCCAAAAGUUGAACUUUAUGGAUUCAAAAAUUCCUAAAUGGCAAGAAUGGACAUUAAUUGUAGAUU